GUUUCUUCUUAAGUGCCGACCGUGUUAAAGGGGAAAUCACACAUUUAGCCCGAUUUGCAUGUGCUUGCGACUCCAGGCGGACGAUACCUCUGGGCGGUGAUUUACAAUGUCGAAUCGAUCGGGCACUGAAAACACGGUUACGUUCUGGCAAAAACAUCUUGGCAGUCUACAGUUUGUGACGGAGGUCGAGGUGCGAAGUUGUCUGUCAGGGCAGCUACUGUUCUGCACUCUCUAUAAGCCCGAGGCCCCCGCAUCGAAACGGAAUUAAAGAUGGCCAUUGCCGCGAAAUAACCGCUGGCUUGGCACCGGACGUCUUGAUACUUAUGCCGAGAAAAUGGAAAAUUCGAUGUCGCCAUUAACAUUUAUUGCUACUUUGGGAAAACUCGAUUACACCACCACCGCGCACACUGCAACGCCAAUGCACAGCCGCCAUUUUAUGAGUCGCGCCUGGGCACUUAUGGCAUCAUCAGGACCUCAAGGGGAUGAUCCGGGGGAGGAUUGGCCUGGAUGUGGAUGGCAGGAUGGCAGGAUGGCUGGAUAGCUGGCAGUCCUCGUAAAACGGAUUUUGCGCUUAGUCAGGAUGCGUGCAGCAGUUUUAUGGGCCGCUCCGGCACUCGGAAAAUGUAUACAGUUUUCCAUUUACAACCUUCGCGCUCCAGUGCGCCUGCAGCCUCCGCUGGCCGCCAUAAAAUAUCGAAAUGUUCGCAGUUAUAAAAGUUUAUGAGAGCAGGCACCCAAAUUGGUAUUGCCAAGCUCUGGGAUCCGGGACACAGGGUGGAAACUUGUCAGAACUUGGCACUCGGCCAGCUGGGAAACUUACCGGAAAUGGACAAGCAUGUGGCAUUCACGGCCGUCACCGUGUUCUGGCUGCUCUUCGCCGUCAUCGGAUUCCUGGUGUCCUACCGAUUUGAGGAGCGAGGCAUAAUCCGGUGCUGCGUGAUCCUCACGGCCGUCUGCUGCUACCUUGCCUGGCUGGUCACCUUCCUGAUGCAGCUGAACCCGCUGGUCGGACCACGGGCCAACCAGAAGGUGAUAUUCGGCAUGAUAACCUACUGGCCCAACUCCUUUAUCCACGAUCAAAGCGACCCUUGAUACCGCUGAAGAUUAUAUAUUUUUAAUAUACAAAAUAAAAAAAAAAGUUCCUGUUCGCGGAGUUAUAG